AUGACAAUAGGAAAUCGGGGACCUAUUGCAUACCAUUCGGGCAAUAUAUUCACGGCCAGCGAUCAUGGAGGCCGCGUCGAGGCAUUCAUCGUCUCAGCAAGUGGUGAAUUCACGGCAGUGGGGACCAACGAGGAGAUUCUAGACAAGGCACGUCGCGAGAACCUUACCAUGGUUGAUCUGCAGUCGCGAUUUGUGAUGCCCGGUAUUCAUGAUGCACACGUCCAUAUUUUGGUCGCUGGUCUCUCGCGUCUCUCCAAUGUGAAGCCGGGGAUGGACGCAACCAUGUCCAAUAUCGCUGAAAGACUCAAGUCGCCGUCCUGCGCCUGUGAACACGCCCACGCAUAUGGCGACUGGAUAGUUGGAAGCCUCUAUCGCAUUGAGGAUUUCGAUCGCGAAGCACUGGAUCAUGACUUCCCCAAGACGCCAGUGAUGUUGAGAGGAGGGGGAGGCCACGCCAUGUUCCUUAACACCGCCGCUUUGGAGAGGUCGGGUUAUAGUCUUUCAGAACCCGAUGCACCUCACAGUCAAUAUUUCCGUCGGCCGGAUGGAACGUUGACUGGUGAAGUCGCUGAGCUGGCCAUGACAAAGGCGGUGCUGGCAUUGCCAAAACCAGAAAUGGCACAUAUCAAACGCAGUAUUCUGCACGCAGUGAAGCUGCUUCACUCGGUCGGGGUGACCAGCUUUCAGGAAGCAGCGUCGAAUACACUCAUCCUCAAGGCACUGGGUGAGCUCGAUGCCGCGGGAAGUCUGAAGAUGGAUGUGCAAACUCACAUCGUGUACAAGCCAGAGCAGCUUGCGGAAGAACGUCUCGAAACACUGCACAAGACGCUUGAUCAAGCAGAAAGUUUCCGGUCACAACAUGUAGAGACUAAUUUUGUCAAAUUCAUGCUGGAUGGAGUCCCCCUUCAUCCGUACUACACGCAUGCGGGUCUCACAGAGGCUGGAGAGAUUGACGAGAGCAAGAUUCAGAUCGACGACCUGGCGGAAGCUGUUUCGAAAUUGGACGCCCGAGGAAUGACAUGUAAAAUUCACUGCACCGGAUUUGGCAGUACGCGGCGAGCUCUGGACGUGUACGAAGCUGUGAGGAAGACCAACAGUCGUGGACCCAAGCAUGAGAUUGCACAUUGCAGCGGAGUGCACGACGAUGACUAUCCGCGCUUCCAGCAGCUGAAUGUCACCGCCGAGAUGUCUCCGUCGAUGUUCUUCGUCCACCCGCUCACAGCCAUGUCCGGUGGCCUGAUGGACUGGAACUGGGGCAAGAUGAUCAGAAGCGGAGCUCAUUUGACGGUGGGAAGCGAUUGGGCGUUCCAGGAUCCGUCAGUUCUGCCUGCCUGUGCCCUGAUUCUGGACAGUGUCGCUGCUGCACUUCCUGCACGGGAAACUGGCACGAGUCCAGCAGCCGAGGCGAUUUGCAAGAUGCUGACUGUGGCGGGUGCUUUGGCGACUGGGCGGGAGAGCACGGCUGGAACCAUUGAGGCUGGAAAGAAAGCUAACUUCAUUAUGGUUGACCGAGAUUUGAGCAAAGGUGAAUUUGAGGGGGCUCAGGUCCUGGGCACUUGGUUUGAGGGCGAGAGGGUCUAUGAGAGCCCCUGA